AUGGAAUCUCUACCUGAUGAACUAUUCUUACUUAUCUUUCGUUAUUUAAAAAAAUUUGAUGUUAUUUGUGCAUUUAACAAUCUGAAUUAUCGUUUUCAACGAAUAAUUAACUCAUAUUUAACUCAUAUUGAUGUAACACGAGUGGAUGAUGUUAAUUGUAAAACUCUUCGAUCAUUUUAUAAUCAUGUUUUACCCUCACAUGGUCAUCAAAUUCAAUCUAUCACUUUCAAUUUCGAGCGACAGCGACAAUAUUUUGAACCAUACAUUCAUCGGUUCCUCAAUUUAAAAUCUCUUAAAUUAAAAUCUGAUAAAAGCCGUCAAUCAUACUGUGCAUCUCAAUUAAAUCAAUUUCUCGUCAAGGUUCUUUCAUUGGAAAAUUUAACUGACCUUUCACUUCAACCACGAAAAGCAACUCUAAAAGUAAUUGCAAAUCAUGCAUCAAAGAAUCUAUCAACAUUAUCUUUAUUACUAAUAUCUUACUGUUUCACCUUAUCUACUAUGCCUCAAAUACCUUCUAUAAAACGUCUCUCAAUCGAAUCACAUCUGUUUUGUUUGAAGGAUAUAUUCCGAAUAAUGCCGAAUCUUAUCGAAUUGAAUUUUACAUUAAAUUAUGAUUAUAGUUGCACAUUUGAUACACGUGCAAACGAUGACUUACAGGUUCCUUCUUCACUUGAAAAGAUGAUUUUCAAAUUUGGUACGUUGAAUAAUGACACUUGUCGUCGGCAUUAUGGACGAAAUGUGAGUGAAUUUGAAAAUUUUUUAAAUUUAUUCAAAGAUAAUUUAAAAUCAUUGAUAUUAAUCGGAGUUUGUACUGGUACAGAAUCUGUUGAUCAUGAGAAAAUGCAAAGUUUAAUAGCGAAUUUUUCUCGAUUGGAAACCUUUCAAUAUUAUUUGUAUAGCAGUGAUCAACCAGAUCAUUGUUUGUCAAAUAUGGCAACUCUUGAUCAUCGUUAUGGACAUUUCCGUCAAAGAUUUCAACUUACGCUUUCACGAUAUUUAACUCCACAAAAACUAUUUCUGUGCACAAAAUUUAAUGUUUUAGAGAAAGAAUUUAUUUCUCAUCGAUUGUUGUCGUACUACAGUUUAAACAAUGACUUGAAACUUCGAAAUAUGAGAGAAAUUCAUUGUUAUCAUCAUAUUCACGAUGUGUCAUCGGAGACAAACCGAUUCAUCUCGAAACUUCUUACUUUAUCACCAAAUUUACAAAUAAUUUCGUUUCAUGGUCGCUACGAUAUACGAAUAGUUAUCAAAUGGUUGAAAGAAUUACAUUUCAAUCAGUACCGAACAAUCGAUACUUUCACAUGCAUAACAGAAACAUCGUCUGAUGAUUAUUUGGAUGUGAUUUACAUUCGUGAAUUAGCAGAAAUAUUUCCACUAUUGAAAACCAUUACAUUGCCUUGGUUAACACAAUAUUUGGAAGAAAAUUCAACAGCAUUGUCAGAUUUAAUUCGACAUCUACGAGAAAAUUUCGUUCAUCUUACUCAUUUGAAACUUAAAACGAGCCGAGUCUGUUCAAAUGCUCAACUCAGAUGCCCAAACCGUAUGAAAAAACUACAUAAAUUGGCCGAAGAAAAUCUUAUAUACUAUACAAUUGAUAAAAGUAACAAUCAGCAUUUGUUGAACAUUUUAUUAUAA